GAUCUUCAGUUCAGAAGCUACCAGCUGCAGAGAUAGCUCGUGUGCUCGGAGCAAAGAGGGAAGCUAGUUGCGAGGGUAGCUACAACCUUGUGAGAAGUGUGUGAGCGAUCAAGAGGCGAUGGCAACCCAGCUGCAGCUGAGCCUGUACGCCAGCGGCAGCAGGAGCAGCGGCCGGUCGGCGGCGGCGGCGGUGAAGCAGCUGCUGUCGAGGCUGAGGUCCUCCUGGAGGAGGAGACGCGCCGCGCGGCCGAGGCAGGCCGCGGUGAGGUUCGGCUACGACUUGCACAGCUACUCCCAGAACUUCGACGACGGCCUUGGCUCCUUCGACGGCCACCGCUUGUAGCUAGCUACAACGAUUCCUUGGAUUUGUUCAGUAGUUCUAUACUUGUACGUGUAACUGAUUUUGGGGAUAGUACCAGCUGAUUUCCAGUGACAAUUAGAUAGCUAGCUAGCUAGCUCGUGGAGUCUUUGUACAGUAUCUAAUUAAUCUUCUGUGUUGUCAGCUAUACAUGCAAGACUAAGUCAAAUCUGCCAUCUAUCCAUCUACAGAAUUAUGUUUUGUUCAGCUGUUGGAAGCUUGGAAU